CUUUUGCUUCCUCUUCCUCUCCCAUUCAUCGCCGCCUCCUCUUGCCUUCUUCGUCCGCGCCGAGCCGUUGCGAAAUCGAGGCCGCUCUGCUGUUGGGGAUCGAGAUCCUUCCACAAUCCUCCGGCCGAUCGUCGCGUCCUGCAGGAAUCCGGAGCCGAUCUCUCCGGAACGAUGGAUUCCGGCAGAUACAUGGCCUAUUCGCCCUCUCCCUCCACCGCCCCUCACUCGCCCCACAUCUCCGUCAUGCGCACGGCUGGCGGCGCCCUCGGCGAGCAGGAGAAGUAUCUAGCGGAAUUGUUUGCGGAGCAACAGAAGCUUAACCCAUUUGUGCAAGUGCUACCUCACAGUUACCACUUGCUUAGCCAGGAAAUUUUGCGUGUAACCACACUGUUGGAGAAUGCAUCUCUUUUAGAUCAAUCUGGUUUUGAACAUGGUAGCCCACUGAUCACUGGAGGAUUAUUUCCAAAUGGAGGCGUUGCUGACAUGAAUAGCUGGGCAUCAGCAUUUCAAUCUGAAAGAUUGGGAGCAUUACAACCUUCAACUAGGAGUGGUUGGGUUGGGCAACAAGGCAGCUCUUCUGGCCUUAUUGUAAAGAAAACAAUUAGGGUGGAUAUUCCUGUGGAUCAGUACCCCAAUUAUAACUUUGUUGGCCGACUCCUUGGUCCUAGAGGAAACUCUCUUAAGAGGCUUGAGGCUCUCACUGCUUGUCGUGUUCUAAUACGGGGGCGAGGCAGUAUUAAAGAUCCUGUUCGGGAGGAAAUGAUGCGAGGGAAACCAGGUUAUGAACAUCUCAAUGAGCCUCUUCACAUUCUCGUAGAAGCAGACUUGCCUGUCGAAAUUGUUGAUACCCGCCUAAUGCAAACCCGUGAAGCCCUCGAGGAGAUGCUGAAACCUGUGGACGAAUCAGUUGACUUCCUAAAGAAACAGCAGCUCCGAGAGCUAGCAAUACUCAACGGUACCCUCCGCGAUGAAGGCUCUCACACGUCGGGGUCGAUCUCCCCCUUCCAUGACAGCCUUGGCAUGAAGAGAGCUAAGACAAGAGGUUGAACUUUGAGAUGGAAAUUAGCUCUUCCCGCUGCCAAGGAUUGUCUUUGGUGGUCAUUGCAGCCAAAUUCUCCAUGAAGAAUCAAGUCAAAGUUGAAGUAAUUAAGCAUAUGAGCUUGCUGUGGACUACUAAGGAAUGCUGUGGCUCUAACUAGGGUUGUCUCAGAGUGUCGUAGUGCUGGAAAAGGGUGACGGUAAGGGUCUCUUUGUUUGGCUAUGCCGCCUAGUCAAGUUUGUGUGUGCCCUAUUUUAAGUGAAGUUUUGUGUGAUUACAGUUUUGAUAGCAAUGUGGGGAUGUGAGGUAUGUGUAGGGAAAUCAAAAGUGCCUUCUUAACAUUACUCAUUCGAGUUGGAAGGUUACUCUAGCACUAUUCGUUGGACAUAGAUUUUAUGGAGUCUCCCUCCGUAAGUGAUCUUAUGGAGGAUAUUUCAUCAGUAAAAUAUGGAUCUUGAAGUA